UGCCUUGGCUUUCGUCUAGGGAUAAGAACAUGAUAUGUGUAUAAAUGCAUGUGGAUUUCUCUGCAAUUUGGUCAUCUCAUAUGCACAACAAGUGUUCGAUAAAAUUCCAUCGCUAGACCAAGGCCUUAACUUCUCCUCAAUGGCUCUUAUCCACAUACCUUGUGCCCUCUCUAUCUCAACAAUCUCUAGCCAGCACCAACAGAGAAACCACACUUCCUUCUCAUCACUGAUCAGCAAAACCUUUGUCCCUUGUACGAUCAAAUGUGUUAUUGUAGAUCCUGAAAAGAUCGUUAUUAGACGAUCCGCAAACUACCAACCUCCUGUUUGGGAUCACAAUUAUAUUCAGUCCCUCAACAGUGAAUAUUCAGGAGGAUCAUAUGUUGAACAGACUAACAAGCUUAAGGGUGAAGUGAAGAUGAUGCUAAACAAAGUGGUGGAUCAUGUCGAACAACUCGAGCUAAUCGAUACCUUACAGAGGCUCGGAUUGUCCUAUCACUUUGAAGAAGACAUUAAGCGAAUAAUCGACACCAUCUACCACAAUAUUCAGAACAAUAAACAGAGUAAAAGAGAGAUGAAUUUAUAUGCUACUUCUCUAGAAUUUAGAAUACUACGUCAACGAGGCUAUAAUUUAAAUCAAGAGGUUUUCCGAAGCUUCGUCCAAGAUGACAGUGGAAAUUUCAUGGCAUUUCUUCGUGACGAUAUCCAAGGAAUGUUACAUCUGUAUGAAGCUUCAUUUCUGAUGGUUGGCGGUGAAACUAUCUUGGAGGAUGCAAAAGAUUUUGCUUCAAAACAUCUGGAGGAGUAUGUUAAAAACAAAAAUCGAGAUCAAGAUCAUGUUUUGUACGAGCUAGUGAGUCAUGCCUUGGAGCUUCCAUUGCAUUGGAGGAUGCUAAGAUUGGAAGCUAGGUGGUUUAUUGAUGUUUAUGACAGAACACGAGGCAUGAAUCCAACUCUACUUGAGUUUGCUAAGUUGGAUUUCAAUAUUGUUCAAGCUGAACACCAGAAAGAUGUUCGAUUAGCUUCCAGGUGGUGGAGGUCUACUGGAGUAGGUGAAACAUUGAGUUUUGCAAGGGACAGAUUGAUGGAGAACUUUCUCUGGUCUGUUGGGAUGGCAUUUGAGCCUCAUUUUGGAUACUACAGGAGGAUGGAAACCAGAGUCCACGCACUUCUCACCGCACUUGAUGAUGUUUACGAUGUCUAUGGCAGUUUGGAUGAGCUCGAACUCUUUACAGAUGCUAUUCAAAGAUGGAACGUGAAUGUAAUUGAAGAACUUCCAGACUACAUGAGGAUACCUUUCUUCACUCUCUACAAUGCCAUGAAUGAAGUAGCUUUCAAUGUUCUAAAGGAAAAAGGAUUCCACGUUGUUACUUGCUUGAAGAAAGCUUUGGCAGAUUUAUUCAGAUGUUAUUUAUCUGAGGCGAAGUGGUUUUACAGUGGAUACACACCGACUCUAGAAGAGUACAUGAAGGAAUCAUGGAUAUCAGUGGUAGCACCAACAAUGCUUGUCCAUACUUGUUUGAUUACAAAUCCCUUGUCCAAUGACAUCCUGAAAAGUUUAGCAAAGUAUCCAGAUAUACUUCGUUACUCAUCGAUGAUUGUACGAUUGGCAGACGAUCUCGGAACUUCCCCGGAUGAGAUCAAGAGAGGAGAUAAUCCUAAAUCAAUCCAAUGUUACAUGCACGAAACAGGCGCAUCAGAAGAAGAAGCAAGGCAACACAUACGACAUUUGAUUAGUGAAACAUGGAAGAAAAUUAACGCAGAAAAACUUGCAGAUUCUGAUUUCUCUCCAAUUUUUAUUGACAUCGCAAUAAAUCUGGCACGAACGGCCCAGAUCGUGUACUUGUAUGGAGAUGGUCAUGCUAGCCAAGACAACCAGACCAGGGAUCUUAUGAAAUCACUGUUCAUAGAUCCCAUCUCUUAGAAAUUGGGGGUUUGUUUUAUUACAAGACUUUCAAUAGGCUGUAUAAAUCACCAUGUUUUAUAAUGAUAUCAACAAAUGGUUUUGCUUAAUUAAUGAUUUGAUAUUUAUAAUUUGA